AUGCCGGGGCCCCUGCCGGGGCCCGGCAGGCUUCCCGCGCAGAGGGUGCAGCCCCAGGCUUUUGGCGGCGGCGGCAGGUACGCGCCCCUGCCAGCAGCGGGAGGUGUUGUUCACCCAGGGCCUCCGCAUCCUGAGCCGUACAGUGGUGCGGGGCUCCACCAGCUUGAGCGCAUUUUCUUCGAGCCUGAGGGGGAGCAGAAGCACACGAAGUGGGUUUACGUCGGCCAGGGCCAGGGCCAGUACGCGCAGCAGGACUACAGGUACGUGGGCGAGGGCGCCGGCGACUACCACAAGGAGGAGGUGGUGGUCCCGCACGGGCGAAAGCUGCGGCAGGAGUGCCUGUGGUGCGUCGCCGCGCUGUGCUGCGGCAUCUUCUCCUCCAUUCUCCUCAUCGCCAGCAGCCGCGCCUCCUCCAGGCAUGGCCCCGCCGAGGCGCCUGCGGUGCUGCUGCCCCCCCAGCUGCAGGUGACCUGCACGGAGCUCCUGCUCUGGCCGGACCGCGACCAGGCGGCCGCGGAGGUGGCCUGCGGCAACUGCCAGGCCCUGGUGCUGACGACCAACUUUCGGAACUGCAGCGCGUACUGCCAGUCGUUCGGGCAGCAGUGCUUCUACGCCGCUGAGGCCAAGGCCGACCCGAGCGGGCACCACUCGGACGGGUGCCAGGUGGAGUCCGAGCUGGAGUGCGGUGCCCUGCAACCCAAGGGAGGCGACAUGAUCUGCGGCUGCAAGGACCCCGACGCCGGCGAUGCCACGGCGGCGCCCGAGCUCGGCGCCGCGGGCGCGGACGACGAGGUCGUCGGCGACAGGCCCAUGACGGACGAGGAGAGGGACGAGCUCUGCAGCGAGGACGGCGCCGACUGCUCGGAGGCGAUGUGCUGCAAGACGGCGGGGCUCAGAUGCUUCAGGAAGGACGAGUACUGGUCUGAGUGCUUAGACGCCUGCGAGCAGGGCGUGCACGACUCGGACGAGCCGCAGUACCAGACACCAUGGGAGUGCGAGGACAUCGACCGCAGUGGUCAGGAGGGCUCGGCCCUGUGGAACCACUGGCAUGACGCCGCUAAUGCCGUGCGCUCCGCUGCUGGGGCUACGGCCGAUGCGGCCAAGACGCACGGGUCUAACGCUGUGGACGCCGCCGUCGACGCAGUGGACAGCGCGGGCCAGCGCAUACACCAGGCGAAGAAUGCUGCCAGCGGCGUUUUUAACAUGACCGCAAGCGACGUCAGUGACAGCGUCGGCCACCACGUAAAGCGGGCGAAGAACGCUGCGAAGAACGCUUCUGGCAAGAUGCUGACCAGCGCCGGCCACCUCGUGAACAAGGCCAAGGAUGCCGUCGUCCACCACGCGAAGACAGCAAAGAACGCUUCUGGCGACAUGCUGAUCAGCGCUGGCCACCUCGUGAAAGGGACCAACGAUGCCGUUACCAGUGCGGCAGGAGAUGCUGGCGACGGCGCCAAGGACGGGCACAAGACCAAUGACUACAACCAGUCGAGUGCCGCGGCAGAAACCGGCAAGCAGGUCGGGGGCCAGGCGGCAGAGGCCGUCGAAGGCGCCAACGACUCGGUCGCCGGCGAGCUCGGCGGCACCACGAAGGAUCCCGCCGAGGAGAAGGACACGGGGUGCGCCAGGCAGGGCGAGAACUGCAAGGGCAUCGGGUGUUGCGCUGAUCAGGACUUCACUUGUUUCGAGCACGGCAGAUACUGGGCCGAGUGUAUGCUAGAAUGUCAGCCAGGUGUCCACGAGUCGGACGCACCCCAGUUCCGGUCGCCGUGGACCUGCGCCGUCCUGACCAGGGCCUCGCCGGGGGUGCUGCCACCCAACUACGUCCUGACGACCUCCCCCCCGAUGGCGGAUCAGCCUGCCGGGGACAGCGAGUUCGACUGCCACGUCAAGACGUCGAGCACGGUCUCCCAGUGGAGUCCAGAGCAGAAGAAUUGGUGCUGCGAGAACGCCAACGUGGGUUGCCCACUGUUCAUCUGCACCGUAGGAGAGCCUGCCGCAUGGAGUGCGGACCAGAGGGCCUUCUGCUGCGAGACCGCGCAGAAGGGCUGCGAGGGCGGCAGCCUGCCCCAGGGCGCCCAGGACUGGCCAGACCAGCCCUCGGCGGCAGGCAAUGAGAGCGUCAUGGUCCUCAGCACCCCGCCGCCGCCGUUCGACGUGGAAGUCUGUUCCGAGACGCACGAGGAUUGCUCGACCACAAAGUGUUGUAAGGACCCCGGGCGGUUCUGCUACAUGAAGAAUGGUGGCGCGGCGGGCUGCCUGACGACAUGCGUGGCUGGCAUGACUGGAGCGGACGAUGGUCAGCCGUGGCCGUGCACGCUGGUCGAAGAAUUCAACUGCAGGCGCGACGAUUACACCCUAGACUCGUACGAGAAGAAGCUGGGCUACUGCUGCGCUCUACACGGCAUGGGAUGCAACGCGCCGCCGCGCGCUUCGUCGCCGCCGCUCGCCAACGGCAGCGUCAACGGCAGCGCCAAUUCGACGGUGGACGCCCCGCCUGUGCCGCCGACAUCACCGCCGCCGCUCGCCGACGGCAGCGCCACUGCCAGCUCCAACGGCAGCGCCAACGGCAGCGCCAACGCAACUGUGAACACCCCGCUGAUGCCGCCGGCCGCGCCGCCGCCGUCGCUCGCAGAGGGCAGCGUCAACGGCAGCGCGACGGAGGACGCGCCUGCGCCGCCGUCCGCGGGCGGCCCCGACCCCAGCACGUCAGCGCUUCCCCUUACCGACGGCAGCGCCUCGGGCAGCGCCAACGGCAGCGCCAAUGGCAGCGCGACGGUGGACGCAGCGGCUGUGCCGCCGGCCGCGCCGCCGCCGCUCGCCGACGGCAGCGUUCCCGGCAGCUCCAGCAGCAGCGCAGGCGGCAGCGCGACGGCGGUCGCUCCGCCUGUGCCAUCGGCCGCGCCGCCGCCUCCGCUCGCCGAGGGCGGCGCCAACGGCAGCGCCAGCGUGGAC